AUGAAUGCCAAAGGACAAAUGUUUUCAAACGUUUUACUAGCAUUACUCGUGGUAGGGACGUUAUCCACAACCUUGGCUUCCGAGACAAACAAUUUCUGUAGUUCGGUCACGUCCUGCCUUGAGAACGGCAAUGUGACGUGUGAUACCACCACUGGUAACUGUCCUCCUUGUAUCUACGAACUCGAUAACUUAUUUACGUGCUGGAAGAAGGACGCAUCGACUAUUACGUGCCCCUUUACAGGCGUCCGUUAUGAUUGCUCCGACUCAUGGAGUUCUACGACAAGUCCUGGUAGCAGUAGUAGCGCAACAAAUGUGUCUUCAAAUGACUCGGUUGAUUCUGCAUCAGGUCCUUCCACUUUACCAAAAAAGUCUUCGUCCUCGUUUGAUACCAAUGCCGACGAGUUAAGCUCUGUCACCGUAGAGGAAAUCAGCACAAGUCUUAUCACAUAUGGAGCGAUAAGCCUUGGAGCAUUCUUCGCUCUUGUUAUUCUCAUCAUCCUAUGCGCUCGAAGACGCAAGAUGCGACGCUCUCGUGAGGAGAACAUUGCAGCUACAGAAGCUGGCAACCUCGGCUCGUCGGACAGGCGCCUACGCAGUCUAUCGAAGCCACGCGAUGACGCGUCAGCCGGGCCGUACAACAACGUCUUGGACACUAGUAAGGUCAAUUGUGGCACCCCUAACAUAACCUCCAGCCACAAGGGAUUGCAGCGUGGUUCCAUCGUGUCCCGCGUGCCAACGAAUGAAUCUCUUCGUAGCUUCGAUGGAAUGUUAGCCGACUCGUCGGACUUUCCUGCAGUGCUAGGCAAUAAAGCAGGCCUUUACAAGAGUGGUGGACGCAGUGGUCAUGGGACCUCCGUUGCCGGAAGCAUUAGCAGAUACUCGAAUGUAGGCGAGUAUGUACAGCAGGACGUAUCUCUCCGCUGCACAUCCACUCCAGACGUCUUUGGUGAGUAUCUGCGAAUGAAACAGGAGAUGCAGUAUGAUAACGGUGAAGAUAGUAUCAUGAGCAGGAGCGGCAUGAGUGAAAUUAUCAGUGACUUGAACAGUAGCCAAUGCUCGCUCGUGUCAUCUCAAAACACUGGUCGACUGCCGCAGCGAAGGAUGAACCAAGACGAUCGGUCUUCGAUGGCCGGUUCCUUUACCGACUCCAUCGCCAAUUCGGUCACCGACUCAGAGUAUGCCGAGGCGCGAGGCGAGAGCGAUUGUUUCAGUGAAAUGUCGUACAAUGACGAAAGGUACUCGUUUUCCAGUAUUGAUGGCCUCGAUGAUAGUCAGAUACGAGUGGGCAAGCGUGAAGUUGAGAUUUAA